UUAAAUCUUAAGUCAGACAUAUACGUUUUUGAUAAACAAUUUGUCGAAAGAGGUCCUAUGGUUGAAGGUCUAAUGCCUUCUGAAGCAGCUGAGAGGGUUUUAUUAUUUCAAGACCGUUUUGAAGAGUUAGUCUCGUUGAUGGAACGUUAUCAAGAUGGCGAGCGUUUAUUUAAAAUGCCAGUGACUUCAUAUCCCAAGUUGACUGAAACUAAACGAGUUUUCAACUUACUAAAAAAACUUUAUGACCUAUAUAGUUCGGUUAAUCGUUCAAUACAAACUUGGUCGAGUACUCUAUGGACCCGUUUAAAAGUAGACGAAAUUAUUGACAGUUUGUUAGAUUACACCCAAAAAUGUCGUAAACUACCUAAAGGUCUAAAGACAUGGCCAACAUAUGAAGAAUUAAAAAACAACAUUGAUGAAUGGUCGGAAAAAAUGAUUUUAGUAGAAAUGAUGUUUAAGAAUUCAUUAAAACCAAGGCAUUGGGAAAUGAUAGAAAAGGCGACUGGUACACUAUUUCCUAUAAACGAACGUGAUUUUGCACUCAAGGAUAUUAUAUCUGCUCCUCUAUUAAAAAAUAAGGACGAGCUGGAAGACAUAUGUCAGACAGCUAUCAAAGAGAUCGACAUAGAAGCGAAAUUGCGACAAAUAAUAUUUGAUUGGUCGACCAUAAAAAUAGAAAUGGCUCAAUUUAAAAACAGAGGAUUUUUACUUAUAAAAGGACAAGAAAUAGCGGAAGUCGUAGCCAUACUGGAAGACUCGCAAAUGGUUAUGAGUUCAUUAGCGUCCAAUAGGUAUAAUAUUGCGUUCAAAUCAGAAAUAAUGAAUUGGGUCAAGAAAUUCGCUGUAACCAGUCAAGUCUUGGAAAAUUGGAUUCUUGUGCAAAAUCUUUGGAUGUAUUUAGAAGCUGUGUUUAUGGGUGGUGACAUAUCUAAGCAGUUGCCACAAGAAACAAAACGUUUCACCGCUAUAGAUAAAUUGUGGGUAACUUUGAUGACCAAAGCACGAUUUCUCGAAAACAUUAUUGAAAUAUGCACCGGAGAUGGAUCAAUGGAAAUUUUACUCCCGUAUAUGCUUGAACAGUUGGAAUUGUGUCAAAAGUCAUUAGCAGGGUACUUGGACCAGAAAAGAAACAUAUUUUCAAGGUUUUACUUUAUCUCGGACCCAGUUUUAUUGGAAAUUCUGGGCCAAGCUUCAAACUCCCAUAAAAUUGGACCUCAUUUACUUAGUCUUUUUGAUAAUACAGCAAAACUAAUAUACAGCGAGAGCGAAUAUGAUAAAGUGCUACAGAUUGCAUCUAAAGAAGGUGAAAAAAUCUUAUUAGAACACCCGGUGUUGUGCACUGGAGGAGUGGAAAAUUGGCUAAAUGUUUUGCUUAAUGAAUCAAAAUUUUCCGUGAAUCAAAUUAUAGCGAACGUGGAUAACUACAUUAUGACAGACACACAAUUCUCAAUCAUAACAAUGGUUGAAAAAUUUCCUGCUCAAGUAGACAUUUUCGAAUCAUUGUACCGCAUGAAAAUUACGAAUUUACUUGAUUUUGAAUGGUUAAAACAAGAGAGGUUUUAUUACACAGAAGAAUUUGACCGAUGCGAAGUACGCAUAACCGACGUGUUAUUUCUGUACCAAAAUGAGUUCUUGGGCUGUUCGGAUAGGCUCGUGAUCACGCCACUUACCGAUCGUUGUUACAUCACCUUAGCCCAAGCAGUUGGAAUGAAUAUGGGCGGUGCACCGGCAGGACCCGCUGGAACAGGAAAAACUGAAACGACGAAAGAUAUGGGAAAAUCUCUCGGAAAAUAUGUCGUUGUUUUCAAUUGUUCAGAUCAAAUGGACUACCGUGGACUUGGUCGUAUUUUCAAAGGCUUGGUGCACUCCGGUACGUGGGGUUGCUUUGAUGAGUUCAACCGGAUCGAACUUCCGGUACUUUCAGUGGCCGCUCAGCAAGUAUACAUUGUAUUUAUGGCUCGCAAAAGCAACAAAGAAACAUUCGUUUUCAGCGAUGGAGAUACAGUUCCCAUGAACCAGGAAUUUGCUAUAUUCCUGACCAUGAAUCCUGGAUAUGCUGGACGUCAAGAACUACCAGAAAACUUAAAAGUCCUUUUUCGAAGUGUAGCCAUGAUGGUACCCGACCGAUUGAUAAUAAUACGCGUGAAAUUAGCAGCUUGUGGUUUUAAAAACAACCAACCCCUAUCAAAAAAAUUUUUCAUACUAUACCAGUUGUGCGAAGAACAAUUGAGUAAACAGGUGCACUACGAUUUUGGUCUACGUAAUAUACUGGCUGUUUUACGUACACUUGGCACUCAGAGGAGAAGCAACCCAAACGAAGCCGAAGAAACAAUACUCAUGAGAGUAUUGAAGGGAAUGAACGUUUCAAAGUUAGUCGAUCAGGAUGAAACCAUUUUUUUGUCUUUGAUCGAAGAUUUGUUUGUUGGCAUGAAAUCAACUUCGACUACGUACAAAGAUUUACAAACUGCCAUACUAAGCUCGUGUGAUGAGAAACAGUUGGUUAACCAUCCUUCGUGGAAUUUAAAAAUCAUUCAAGUAUACGAAACGUCUUUGGUGCGUCAUGGGCUGAUGAUACUGGGACCUACUGGUUCUGGUAAAACCACUGCCAUUCAUUGUCUCUUAUCGGCCUUGACCAAAACUGGACUGACUCACUUCGAGUAUCGAAUGAAUCCAAAAGCAAUUACGGCACCGCAGAUGUUUGGGAGAUUAGACGUGGCUACAAACGAUUGGACUGAUGGUAUAUUUUCGACGCUCUGGAGAAGAACGCUAAAGCUGAGUUCAGACGAAUACUGCUGGAUAGUAUUGGACGGUCCUGUAGAUGCGGUUUGGAUAGAAAAUUUAAAUUCAGUCUUAGACGAUAACAAAACACUUACUUUGGCAAAUGGCGACCGGAUCGUCAUGGCCCCUAACGCCAAACUUUGUUUUGAACCUGACAACGUGGACAAUGCUUCUCCGGCCACCAUAUCUAGGAUGGGAAUGACUUUUUUCUCGUCCACCGUGUUAUCGUGGAGAGUAAUAUUCGGAGGAUGGGGAAAAACUAAAUCAACAUAUUUGUCCAAUUGUUUUCAAGAUAUAUUUGAUAAUUCUUACAACGAAUUAUUAAAAAUGCUUCAAUCUAGACUUUCACCCAAGAUGGUUUUAUUGGAACCACAUUACAUUCAUCAAACAUGUGAUAUACUCGACGGACUCUUAAACAUGUUUCCUGAAAUGCCAGAUUUAUCAAAAACAAUAUUAUCACGGUUAUAUACGUUUGCAAUCAUGUGGAGCAUCGCUGCCGUGUUAGAAUCAGACAACAGAUUAUUACUGGAAGAGUUAAUCUUAAACGAUUUGACAGGAAAAAUUAAAGUCCCAAAACUUAAAGAAGGAGAAUCGAUUUACGAUUAUACUAUAUCUAAAGACGGCGAAUGGCAACACUGGGAAACGUUGAUAGAGUCAUAUACGUACCCCAGUGAUUAUAUACCAGUGUACGGUGAUAUACUGGUACCAAAUUUAGACAACGUACGUACCAUGUUUCUGAUAACUUUGAUCGCAAAUCAAGAAAAAAACGUUCUAUUAAUCGGCGAACAAGGAACUGCAAAGACAGUAAUGAUCAAAAGUUAUAUGCAAGAGUUUGAUCCCGAAGUGAGAAUAAGCAAAAUGCUUAACUUUUCCUCGGCUACCACCCCGAACAUGUUUCAAAGUACUGUCGAAGGGUACACGGAGAAAAGAUUUGGUACUACAUAUGGUCCUCCAGGUAAUCGUAAAAUGACAAUAUUCAUCGAUGACAUUAACAUGCCAAUCAUUAACGACUGGGGAGAUCAGGUGACGAACGAGAUUACGCGCCAGCUUCUUGAAAACAAGGGAUUUUACUCUCUGACCAAACCUGGUGACUACGUCAAUAUCGUGGGCGUCAAUAUGCUAGGCGCCAUGAUACAUCCAGGCGGUGGCCGAAAUGACGUGCCGCCCCGGCUUAAGCGGCAGUUUUGUAUAUUCAACUGCACGUUACCAUCAAACACGUCCAUGGACAAAAUAUUCGGAGCAUUAGGUUGUGGAUACUUUUGCAUGGAGCGGUUUAAUGAUCAGGUCGUGCGGUUCUUACCCAGCCUGGUAACACUUACCCGAAUCGUGUGGCAGAAGACCAAGCAAAAGCUAUUACCAACUCCGGCCAACUUCCACUACGUGUUCAACCUGCGUGAUCUGUCCCGUAUCUGGGAAGGUAUGUUGCAGGUAUGCUCUGCCGAGUGCCCGGACGUCCGGAUGCUGUUGCGGUUGUGGUGCCACGAACUACAGCGCGUUAUCUAUGACAAGCUGACCAGCACACAGGAUAAAGACUGGUUUUUGAAGACAAUUCAAUCCUCGGCUGAAAAGUUUCUUGGCCGCGAGAGCUACAAAAUGAUGCCGACUAAUAUGCAAACGAUAGUCUUUGUUGAUUUUAUGCGGGACAUGGCUGACCCGACUGGCGACGAGCCCGACGACUUUGUACCCGAGACGCCAAAUAUUUACGAGAACAUUGAAGAUUUUGAAGUAUUAAAAAAUAGAAUGCUGAUGUUUAUGGGUCAGAUGAAAGAAGCGACUCGUGGUACUGUAGUAGAUUUAGUCUUUUUCAGAGACUGUAUGGUACAUCUGAUUAUCAUAUCUCGUAUACUGAGGAUACCUCGUGGAAACGGUUUACUUGUAGGCGUCGGAGGUUCAGGUCGGAGAUCAGUAACCACUUUGGCAUCAUAUAUUGCUAAAUACAAACAACAUUCAAUCUUUCUAACAAGAUCAUAUAAUGUCAAUAAUUUCUUGGACGAUAUCAGAAUACUUUAUAGAUUCGCUGGAAUUGAAGAUAUGAAAACUACAUUCAUAUUCACUGAUAACGAUAUUAAAGAAGAAUCUUUCCUUGAAUAUAUUAAUAACAUACUGAGUUCAGGAGAAGUGGCUAAUUUGUUCCCCAAAGAUGAACUUGAAGAAAUGUUGAACAGUAUAACUCCGUUAUUUAAAAAGAAAUCACCAAGAGGAAAUCCAUCAAUGGACAACUUGUAUCAAUUUUUCAUUAAACAAGCUAUGAACAAUUUACAUUUAGUUUUAUGUUUUUCACCAAUUGGUGAAAGUUUUCGUUUACGUUCAUUAAAGUUUCCCGGUAUUAUAUCUGGUUGUAUUAUUGAUUGGUAUACUGCUUGGCCCGCAGAUGCACUACUAGCAGUAUCUCAUUAUUUUCUAGAUGACUUCUCUGUGGUCGGCACAAUAGAGGAAAAGACAUCAUUAAUACAAUUGCUUGGAAUUAUACACGAUAAUGUUGCAAAAGAUUGUACGAAUUACUUCCAAAGGUUUCGUCGAAAAAUAUUUGUAACACCAAAGUCAUUCCUUUCGUUUGUAAAUGACUACAAGAUUUUGUAUGUAAAAAAUAUACAUGAAAUUGAGCAAAUGAAAAUGCAAAGAAUUUUGGGAUUAGAGAAACUUGCCGACGCCUCGAUUCAAGUGGGAAGGCUGAAAGAAGAACUGACAGAAAAAGAAAAAGAAAUGGCCAUCGCAACAGAAGCCAGUACAGAGGUGACAACUAAAGUCAACGUCGUGGUUAAAGCUGCUGAAAUAAGUAAAGCGGAAGUAGCCGUCGUGAAAGAUCGAGCCGAGUUGUUAUUAAAGAGCAUUUCAAAAGAAAAAAAGAUCGCCGAAAUAAAACUUGCUAAAGCUAAACCAGCUUUAGAUGCUGCAGAAGCAGCUUUAUUGACUCUAACAGCAACUGAUAUAGCUACCGUGCGGAAAUUGGGUAAGCCACCUUACUUAAUUACAAUGAUUAUGGAUUCCGUACUCAUAUUUUUUCAACGAAAAUUACUGAAAGUCAUAUUGGAUACAACCAAAAUGUUUUUAGAACCCAAUUGGAAGGAAUCUUUAAAAUUAAUGUCUGACACAAGAUUUCUACACAACCUUCAAAACUAUCCAAAAAAUCAGAUCAAUGGAGAAACAAUUGAUCUAUUGCAACCAUAUUUCAAGUACCAAGACUAUACAUUUGAAAAAGCGAAAUUGGCAUGUGGAAAUGUAGCCGGACUUCUUAGUUGGACAUUGGCCAUGUCAGAUUUCUAUAAUGUAAACAAAGAAGUACUUCCAUUGAUUUCGAAUUUAGCAAAACAAGAAGGUAAACACAUCCAAGCUAAAGAGCAAUUAAAAGCUGCGGAGACAAUAGCUUUUGAAAAAAAUAAGGAGUUAUUGGAAGCAAAACGAAAGUUAAAUGCAGCUUUAAGUUCACAGCAACUAAUUCAAACUGAAGCAAAUAAAUGUAAGAAUAAAAUGACGUCGGCAACAGCACUUAUUGAAGGUUUAGAAGGAGAAAGAAAGAGAUGGAAACAUCAGUUGGCGGGUUUUAAUUUGGAAAUUAAAUAUUCAUUAGGAGAUAUCGUCAUACUGACAGCAUUUUUAAAUUAUUCUGGACCAUUCAACCAAGAAUAUAGAACGAACAUUUUGCAAUCGUGGUAUGAUCAAUUGAACGAAAAGAGCAUUCCAAAUUCCCCAAAUCUGAAUGUGUCUGAAAAAUUAGCUGAUCCUCCAACUAUUAGCGAAUGGAAUCUCCAAGGAUUGCCAAACGACGAACUAUCAAUUCAAAACGGUAUUAUUGUAACAAAAUCAUCAAAAUAUCCAAUUAUGAUAGAUCCACAGAGUCAAGGAAUAGCUUGGAUUAAAAAUAAAGAAUCGGUAAAUAAUAUGGUUGUUACUACCUUUGAUGAUAAAUAUUUUAGAAAUUAUCUUGAAGAUAGUUUAUCACUGGGAAAACCAUUACUUAUCCACGAUUUACAGCAAGAUGUCGACCCGAUAAUAAAUAACGUUCUAGAAAAAAACUAUUACGUAAAAGGUAAAUUUGUGAAUGUAUUAUUAGGAGAUAAAGAAAUCGACGUGAGUGAAGAUUUUCGAUUAUAUCUUACUUCAAAACUUGGAAAUCCAUCGUAUCCUCCGGAACUCUAUGCCAAAUGUGUAAUCAUCGAUUUUACUGUAACCAUUAAAGGAUUGGAAGAUCAAUUAUUAAGUAGAGUAAUCGAAAUCGAGAAAAAAGAAUUAGAACAGGAGCGUAUUGAAUUAAUUGCCGAAGUGACUUCUCAAAAACGAAAAAUGCUGAAGUUAGAACACGACCUUCUGAUAAAAUUAACUACUGUAAAAGGGUCAUUGGUAGACGACGAAUCGGUUUUAUAUACUUUGAAUAAAACCAAGGAUACGGCUACUGAUGUCAGUGAAAAGAUAGAGGUUGCGAACAAAACACAAGCUUCAAUAAGUGUAAUGCGUGAACAGUACCGUCCAAUUGCCACUCGAGGUUCAGUUCUAUACUUUUUAAUCGUAGAAAUGGGAAUGGUAAAUCCCAUGUAUCAGAACUCGUUACAACAGUUCUUAGAACAGUUUGAUAUAUCGUUAUCAAACUCCGAAAAAACUGUUUUGCUCGAACGCAGAAUAAACAACAUCAUUGAAUACUUGACUUAUGCUAUAUACAAAUAUAAGUGCCGUGGUUUAUAUGAGAAGCACAAAAUACUUUUUACUAUACUCAUGACACUCAAAAUAGAUCUGGAAAGAGGGAAAAUCACUAGAAACCAGUUUGAAUAUUUUAUCAAGGGUGGCGCUUCGGUUGAUAUAACUUCCAUCAAGCCUAAACCAUUUGAUUGGGUGACUGAUAUUUGUUGGAUGAACUUAGGUUUAUUGCAAACCAUUCCGCCGUUCCAAUCAAUAUUGACCGCGGUUGAAAUAAAUGGAAGCUCGUGGAAAAAAUGGUACGAGAAAAGCAGUCCGGAAAAAGAAAAAAUGCCAGAUGGAUUUGACAGGCUCGACGUGUUCGAAAGGCUAUUAAUGGUGAGAGCGUGGUGUCCGGACAGGACGAUGAACCAAGCAUUUGCCUACAUCAAAGAAUCGCUAGGGUCUCAAUUCAUAGAAACUGUGAUGUUCGAUAUUGAAGAGAUGUAUCUCGAAUCCAAAAGUACUACGCCAAUGAUUUGUUUCCUGAGUAUGGGUUCUGAUCCUAGUAACCUUGUAGAAAAUACUGCAAAAAAAUUAGAAAUACCGUUCUAUUCCGUGUCUAUGGGUCAAGGACAAGAAGUACAUGCCGAGAGAUUAAUGAAGGAAUGUGCAGCCAAUGGUGGAUGGGUAUUACUUCAAAAUUGUCAUUUGUGUUUGAAUUUUAUGCAAGAAACAUUUACAUAUAUAAACACACAAGUUGCCAAGUCUAAUCAAGAAAACUUUAGAAUAUGGAUAACUACAGAAGUGCAUCCCAAAUUCUCUAUAUCACUUCUGCAAAUAUCAAUACAUUUUACGUAUGAACCUCCAGAAGGAUUAAGAGCCGGAUUGAUGAGAACUUUUAUCAAUAUGGGAGAUGACACAUUGAUCUACUCCAGCAUAAUGCAAUAUAAACCGAUAUUGUAUGUAAUUUCCUUUCUCCAUUCGGUCGUUCAAGAGCGUAGAAAGUUUGGGCCUGUCGGUUGGAAUAUACCAUACGAAUUCAACACGUCGGAUUGGUACUCAUCGACCUUAUACUUACAAAAAAUGGUCGACGACAUGGAAUCCACCUCUGAAAUCAACUGGGUCGCUUUAAGAUACAUGUUAGCCGAAGUGCAUUACGGCGGCCGUGUAACCGAUGAUUAUGACCGACGACUAUUAAACAAUUUUACCAAACUUUGGUUUACCAACGAAAUAUUUAGCAAACAGUUUUGUUUCUACGAAGGAUACAACGUGUUGGUUUUUAAUAAACUAGCUGAGUAUCUAUCAGCGAUCGAUGAAAUGCCUCUGAAAGAUCCUCCACAAGCAUGUGGACUUCACCCAAACACCGAUAUUACAUACCAAACUAAUAUGGUUCAAGAAAUGUUUAAUACUAUUAUAAUGAUUCAGCCAAAAGGUUCUAGCGGUGGUAAUGAAGUGACCCGUGAAGAAAAAGUGUACAAUACGAGUUCGGAUUUGCUGGACAAGCUACCGCUUGCUUUCAACAUGUUUACCAUCAAAGAAAGAUUAACGUUGAUGGGUCCGACGCAACCUAUGAACAUAUUCUUAGGACAAGAAAUCGAUCGUAUCCAAAAGGUUACCAAAAUAGUAAAAAAUACUUUGGAAGAUCUUUUAUUAGCAAUUGAUGGAAUAAUCAUUAUGAACGAAGUUUUGUCUGAAACAUUGGAUGAUUUGUACGAUGGUCGCAUCCCUACACACUGGCUAAGGGCCUCUUGGACUUCUUCGACUAUCGGUUUUUGGUUUAACGAGUUGCUGAACCGACACAGCCAAAUCACGACGUGGGUGUUCAGGGAAAAACCGGCGCAAUUUUGGAUGACGGGUUUCUUUAACCCACAGGGAUUCCUCACGGCGAUGAAACAAGAAAUAUCCAGAGCCCACAAAGGCUGGACACUGGACAACAUCGUGCUCGAGAACGAAGUAACGUUGUACUAUAAACAAGACGUUAAAAAGGCACCACUGGAAGGCGUUUAUGUAUAUGGACUGUUCUUGGACGGGGCAAGUUGGAACAGGAAACAGAAGGAACUGCAAGAGUCGCUCCAUAAGAUCAUGUUUACAGAAAUGCCCGUCAUACACAUAUAUGCGAUAAAUACAAUCGGAAACAAGUUAAUGCCCGGCUACGAGUGUCCCGUAUAUAAAAAGCCAUCAAGAACAGGAUUAACGUACGUGUGCGAAUUACGUCUCAAGUCGCCAAAGGACACGUUAGAAGCUCACUGGAUAUCUAGAGGUGUCGCUCUUCUGUGUGACAUAAAAUAA